AUGGGCACUCGUGCAUCCUUGCGCCCCCUUCAAAAUGGUUGUGAGGAGAUGGCUGAUACAGAAAGCACCAUACGCAACACUCUGCUCAAUGCAAGCAGGGAUUCGAUUUCACGCCCAAACUCGUCGCUGAGCAUGCGCGUCGUACGCGUCGACUCUGUGGAGAGCGAGGAGUUGGAAAUGACGUCCAUUUAUAGGCAUGUGCCCAAUACAUUUAACGACUCGGAGACCAUGCCGCUGAUCAACGAUAUGCCGGAUCCAGCACGCCAAUGUACAGAAAGCAGGCGCGAGUAUGCGUUUAUUUCUCUAUCGUUUUUGAUUAAUCAAACCACGGCCGUUUUGAUCUCGUCGGUCAUUUUGGUUGCGACGGUUGCGAUGGGGCUUUGUUCCCGGUUUAUACACGCAAUACCCGAUAUGCUGCUGUCGAAACAACGCCCAAAACCGUUGUGGGACAACCCGGAGCGGUGGCGCAGCGAAGAGCUUGUAAAAAAUACUCAGUACUACGCAGAAAACUGCGGGUUUUUCAUCGUUGAUGAGCAGGCAGAGACGCAGGAUGGAUACUAUUUGUGCAUGCACAGAGUGGAAUGCAAAACGGACACGGCCAAGAAUGGGCCCGGCAAAGGGUUCCCUGUGCUAAUUAUGCAUGGUCUUUUCCAGUCGUCAGGGUCUUUUGUGACUUCGGAGGAGCGCAGUUUAGCAUUUUGGCUGGCAGCGAAAGGAUACCAAGUAUACAUGGGCAACAAUCGAGCUGCGUUCGAUAUGGGACACAGGACCCAUUCCCGCUAUUCUCCUGCAUUUUGGGACUAUAAUAUCCACGAUUUGGCAUUGUACGAUCUUCCCGCCAUGGUGGAUUUUGUGCGGCACAAAACGGAACACGACAAGAUUGCAUACAUUGGACAUUCACAAGGGAAUGCUAUCAUGUUCCUCGCUCUUUCGCGGUGGUUUGUGCCUGCAUUGGCAGACCGCAUUUCGUAUUUUGCGGCACUGGCGCCUGCCGUAUACAGUGGGCCCCUCACGAAAAAAUUCCCAUUGAAGUAUCUCUCCAAGCUGGAUUGGCUUGCAUGGCGCAGACUAUUUGGCGUUUGUGAUUUUAUACCUCUUAUGAAAUUUUCUUACGACUGGACACCUGCUACGCCGUAUGCGGCGCUAGGAUACCAAAUGUUUGCGUACCUAUUUGAAUGGACAGAUACAAAUUGGCUUUUGCGCAGGAAAGGCAAAAUGUUUCGCUUCACUCCGCAACCAACUUCGUCGGCUUCCAUGUUUUGGUGGGCUGGGAAGAAUGGGUUUGCCGAGCGUGGAUGCUUGUUUGCGCAAGAUACCCAAUGGUACGAUGAGCGAUUUCCACCGGCUGCCUUGUUUGGCGGAGGUGCAGACAGAUUAGUGCUUACGGAGCCAUUGCUCGAGCAUUUUGACAAGUACGAACACCAAGCGAAUUUGAUCCGGAUCAAGAUUCAACCUGGGGCUGAGCAUUGUGAUCAUUAUUGGUCUGCAGAUGCUGUGGAAUGGUGUUUUAAUGACAUUCUUGAUGACAUUGAAAAGACUCGGCCCAGAGAGUAG